AGUUGUGUCCACUUUUCUCCGUGCGCUGUUCGUCGAAGGGAGAAAGAAAAACUACAAACAGAAGCAGAAGUCCAGGAAAAGUUUCGUAGAGUUCGGACGUGAGGAGUCGCUUUCCGUGUGUCUAGGUGAAGCGCUGAACUCCACAUGGCAGUUCAGCCUGUGUUCUCGCUCGAUAUGUUCCCCGUGGGCGUUCCUCUGAUGGAGGAUGGGCAGAAUCUCAGCGACAUGCCCAGGAACACGCUGCCCGCCCCUCAGUUGGUGAUGCUGGCAAACGUGGCAGCGGUGACAGCUGCGGAGAGCGGCGGUGGCUGUGAUGGUGAGAAGGAGAUGAUGGAGCUGAAGACUGUGGGAGGCAGCUACUUGGACAGCGAGGACGAGAGUGUGAUCAGGUAUGGCUAUGAGAACCAGAAUCAGAGAGAUGCCGGUAUUGAGAAGUAUCCCGAGACUCUGGGCCCAGGUAUCCGUGCCGUGGUUGUUGGAAACAGGACAGAGGAGAAUGAGAACGAGGAUGAGGAAGACAAAGCUGAAGAUCUGUCCUGCCCGCCUCAGCCCCGCUCCUCCUCCGCCACCACCACCACCAAAACACCACCUCCCCAGGGUGCCAAACGCAAAGAGGCCCUGCCUGCUGUGACGGAGAGCACGAAGAAGAAGAAACCGUUCCACUGCAAACCAUGUCACUUCCAGGCGGAAAAUGAGCAGGAGUUUGUGGAUCAUCUAAGCAGCCACAGCAUCAGCAAGAUGAUGGUGGUGAACCGGGUGGAGGGGAGGAGCAAGACCAAGGCAAAGGAGGCGGAAGCACCCGAGGCCCCGGCAGGUGGGGAGGCCGAGAGCGGCGGGGAGGUGGCAGCCAAUGCAGAUGACAUCAAAGGGCUGAUCAGGUGUGAGCGCUGCGGCUACAACACCAACCAAUACGACCACUACAUCGCCCACCUGAAACACCACAACAAGGAGGGUGAAGACCACAGGGUGUUUAAGUGUACUCUGUGUCCAUACACCACUGUCAGUCAGUACCACUGGAGGAAACACCUAAGGAAUCACUUCCCCAGCAAACUGCACACCUGCAGCCAGUGCUCCUGCUUCUCUGACCGCAAGAGCAAUUAUAUCCAACACAUUCGGACUCACACUGGUGUUCGCCCAUUCCAGUGUCCAUACUGCGACUACUCAAGCUCACAGAAGACCCACCUGACCCGACACAUGAGGACUCACUCGGGUGAGCGUCCUUUCAAGUGCGAGAGCUGUACCUACCUGGCAGCCAACCAACACGAGGUGACUCGACAUGCUCGACAGGUCCACAAUGGCCCCAAACCUCUUUCCUGCCCCUACUGUGAGUACAAGACCGCCGAUCGCAGCAACUACAAGAAGCAUGUUGAACUCCACCUCAAUCCUCGGCAGUUCCUCUGUCCCCUCUGCAAGUAUGCUGCCUCCAAGAAAUGCAACCUGCAGUAUCACAUCAAGUCUAGGCACUCUGGCUGCAACGUUGCCCUGGAUGUUUCCAAAGUCAAGCUGCGAGUCAAGAAACCAGGUCCCGAGAGUGCAGAGGAAAAGUCAGACUCUGGAGCAAAUAAGCUCGAUGAUUCAUCCAGCAUUGAGGAAGACCUGGACAAUAGACUGAAGUUUAUGUUGAGCAGCCGGAAGGCUAUGAAGUAA